GCACUCGGGUGUACGUGGACUGAAUUACAGAGAACUGUUUACUGUAUGAGUAAACGCACGCGUCACUAGGAUCAAAAAUGGCGUCGGUAGAGGUUGAGCGUGCCAAGUUAGAAUCUAGCAUACGCAAUUUGAAGUUGUCUGGUCAUGUUGGAUUCGACAGUCUUCCAGAUCAACUGGUGAAUAAAUCUGUUCAGAAUGGAUUUGUGUUCAACAUCCUGUGUAUCGGUGAAACUGGAUUGGGGAAAUCCACUCUCAUGGAUUCCCUAUUUAACACGAGCUUUGAAUCCACUCAAAGCCCACAUAAUCUUCCUUCUGUGAAACUAAAAGCCCAUACUUAUGAACUACAAGAGAGCAAUGUUAGGCUCAAGCUUACCAUCGUUGAUACAGUUGGAUAUGGAGAUCAGAUUAAUAAGGAAGAUAGCUUUAAAGCUGUUGUUGAUUACAUAGAUGCACAAUUUGAAGCUUAUUUGCAAGAAGAACUGAAGAUAAAGCGUUCUCUGGCAACUUAUCAUGACAGUCGUAUACAUGUGUGCCUAUACUUUAUUUGUCCAACUGGUCAUGGAUUGAAGUCAAUUGAUCUGGUGUGUAUGAAGAAGCUUGAUACAAAAGUUAACAUUAUUCCAAUUAUCGCUAAGGCUGAUACAAUAUCAAAAACAGAGCUACAAAAAUUCAAGAGCAAAAUUAUAUCUGAGUUGCAAAAUAAUGGAGUUCAUAUUUAUCAAUUUCCCACUGAUGAUGAAAGUGUAGCAGAAGUAAAUUCUAGUAUGAAUGCUCAUGUACCUUUUGCAGUAGUUGGUAGCACUGAUUUUGUCAGAGUUGGAAACAAAAUGAUGCGUUCUCGUCAAUAUCCAUGGGGUACAGUGCAAGUGGAAAAUGAAUCCCACUGCGAUUUCGUUAAAUUACGCGAAAUGUUGAUAAGAACCAACAUGGAGGAUAUGAGAGAAAAAACGCAUUGCCGACACUAUGAACUUUACCGUAGGAAAAGAUUGGAACAGAUGGGAUUUAGCGAUGUCGAUAGCGAAAACAAACCUGUUAGCUUCCAACAAACCUGUGAAGCAAAGAGAUCCAUUCACUUACAAGAACUUCAGCAAAAAGAAGAUGAAAUGAGACAAAUGUUUGUAGUACGGGUAAAGGAAGCAGAGGCUGGUUUAAAGGAAGCAGAGAAGGAAUUGCAUAACAAAUUUGAUAAACUAAAGAAAGAUCACACAGAAGAAAAGAAAAAGUUGGAAGAAAACAGAAAGAAACUCGAGGACGAUAUUUUAGAAUUUAAUAGAAGGAAAACUCAGUUCGCCCAGCAACCACAACAUCAUACUUUAACACUAGGAAAAAGCAAGAAGAAAUAAGUAUUCAUUAUUGACGCUACAACCGUAACAAAUAAAUACUACGCCACAAUGUCUAAUGAUAUACAUAGAUACGAGUAUUAUUUUAAUCGUUCGAAACACUUCAACUAAAGUGAAAUCAUCCAAAGUGUCCAAACGCUGCAGGAUUCAUAGUAUUCUCGUAUAAUAUCUGUAAUUAUAGGUUUUAUUUAUGUCAGACUGAUCAUUGCGACAAAAGUGAUAUUUACCAAAUUUAAUUUACUUUUUGUAUUAACAUAUGCACCUAAAAAAAAAAGUGAAAAUAUAUUUGUUAUCUAUAAAUUUGUCCACUUAUUCAACCUAACGAAUAUAAUUAUUGUACAUACCGGAGAGAUUCAUAAUUAAAUAUUUUAUUGUUCAACAAAAUAUAACAAUUAACACAAUAGUAUCAUACUUAAAUCAAGUAAAACUAACUUCGAUUAGCUGUGUAUAUACGUUUCACGAAAUACAAAAAACGUUCCUAAUUAUACAGAAGCAGGUUUUGAUUGCUAACAUUAAAAAAUUAAAUAUAGGAAAUGUGACAAUCGUAUCACAUUACAAAUGAGAGAAUAAACGGAUCAUUAUGGGAUAACGAAAAUGGCUAUCGUGCACUGUAACUUAAUCUAUACAUUUCAUGAAUUCAUCAAUUCGCUUUUCAACAAAAUCUGCAGCAUACGGAAAUACAUUUUUUUCAGAAUAAUACAAGGACCCUAUAUAUAUAACAUUACACGACAGCAACUUAUAAAUACUCUACGAAAUCGAAUGGAAAAUUUCAUUUGAUAAAAAAGAAAAACGAAUACUCUGCGUCGAAAUACAAGCAGGUAUGUACAACUUAAUCCAACUAGGCAGACUUAAUCGAAUAACACGUUUACAAUAGUAUAAUAUGGCGAAAUUGUUUCAUUCGCGCGUAGCAAUGACGACGCUAAAUGUAUUUUCGAAAGAAAUUUGUCACGAUCGCUAAUGAUUAAUAAUGCAGUUCGUCCUGAUAUCAUUUACAAAUAAAUAGAAUCUCUGCGCCAAUACGAAUAUCUUAGAAAAAAAAGGAAACGAAUUAUGUACUACGCGUCGAACAAUAAUAAUUUACGAAAGACAACGCUAUAAUACAGUGAAUUUAUGGGGAAAGAGUCUAACAAAAUAAACCUUGUACGACAACGUUAAUAGCCUCAACGUGCCGACAUUACUCGUCGCGCAAUUUUUUGCUUUGGUAUUCCUUUGCACAGUGUGCCCUUGCAUUUCUGUGAACCCAAUAAACAGAUCGUCUUGUAAUUUUGUUACACCUUCUUAUUGAAUUCCUUAUCCUACGUAUUUAUUAUAAAAGUACAAAACAUAUAUAUUAUGGCAGUUAUCGUGAAGCAUUUUGCGUAAUAGCCGAUUGAAUACGUAUCGAUUAUGUGCCAAAGUGUAAUGUAAUUAAUUACUUCAGGGUCGGUGGAUAUGAUCGUUCAAAACGCUGUACAGUCUCGCAUAGCUCUCGUUUAUACAACCCGAUGACUAAGUUCUGCUUCGUAAACUUUCAUGUAUACUGACUUCAUUAUAACGAGCAAGGAGAUUUGAAACAAAAAU